AUGACGUCUAUUGCGCUUUGGGUAACGCGGCGCAUUCGAACGUUUGAUUUAAAGCACAGUUGCCGCACACGUCCAUAUGCGUGGUACUUCUCGCUUUGCCUCCUCUUUGUGAGUUGGGCAAACUACGCGCAGUACAGGCGACUUCGGCCCAUGUACCCGAACUACGAAGAAUAUCGUCUCAAGGAGGGCGGUAGGAUGUUGGAGGCAAAGCGGCAGGAGAUGGCGGAUGUGAUGCGAUACAAUAGCAUGGUGAGCACAAUGCGUAGCGAAUUGAGCGGACGGGGUUGA